UUCGUAAUUUGCGGAAAUGAAUUGGACAUGCAGUACCUGCGCCCUCUAGUUACUCCGUCAUGCGUUCACUUGUUGGUCUGGUCGCUGUAAUAUUGACGGCUACUUUUUACCUUUAUUUGCUGUCCACUUAUCUCCCCCCUGGACCUCAGCUGCCUAAGCAAGAGCAUGAAGGAGAGACGAGAAAAUCUAAUGAUAAGGAGGACAACCCAAGUGAAAUGGAGACUUCAGCCUCCAGGUUGAAGUUCCCAUCAGACCUGGAUGAGCUGAAAGAGAUGGCAGAGCUGUUGCAGUUUUAUAAGACAGAGCACACAGGAUAUGUGUUGUUACUCUUCUGCAGUGCCUACCUCUACAAGCAGGCUUUUGCUAUACCCGGUUCCUCUUUCUUAAACAUCUUGGCUGGGGCCUUGUUUGGGACGUGGUAUGGUCUUCUCCUCGCCUGUGUCCUCACCACAGUGGGCGCCAGUCUCUGUUUCCUCCUGUCCCAGGCGUUCGGCAAACAGCACAUUGUGAGACUCUUCCCUGACAAAGUGGCCAUGCUGCAAAAGAAGGUUGAGGAAAACAGAAGUAGCUUGUUCUUUUUCCUGCUGUUCCUGAGAUUCUUUCCCAUGAGUCCAAACUGGUUCUUAAACAUGACCUCACCAAUACUGAAUAUUCCUGUCACUCUUUUCUUCAUGGCUGUCUUCAUUGGCCUGAUGCCGUACAACUUCAUCUGCGUCCAGACGGGAUCAAUGCUGUCUCAUUUCUCCUCUCUGGACGACUUGUUCUCCUGGAGUGUGGUGUUGAAACUACUGUUUAUUGCCUGUGUUGCUCUGCUGCCUGGAGCUCUGAUCCGUAAAUACAGCACUCAACAUCUCCAUCUGGAUUGCCUUGAAACAAAUGGACUCACUCAAGACAAGAAGAACAGAUAAGGGACAGUGUGGAGUCAGUCAUUCAGUCCACCUUGGCUGCUUUGUGGGUGGCUACUAUUUGUAUUUAAAGUGACUUUUAAGAGCUCUAAAAUCUUUUUUGUGGCCUCACAUUU